GGAAAAUUACUUUUUCGCGGAAGAGAGAAGAGAAGCAGAGGAAAAGACCAUGGCGAUGGCGAUGGCGAGCCGAGCUCUGCUCCUGCUGAAAGGAGCGAUGCCCACGAACCAUCGCCGCCUCCUCUUCACCCGCGACAUCGCCACCUUCUCGAGCUCAAUCCCUCUUCUCCAUGCCAGGCUCGACCGGGCAAUCAUCCGGAGCUGCUCGACCUCGAACUCUCCCUCCUCUCUGGAGCCUCCGGACUUGCCUCGCUUGGCUGCAACCGCUCGCAUUUCACUCACCCCUCAAGAGAUUGAAGAGUUCACUCCGAAGAUUCAACAGGUGGUGGAUUGGUUUGGACAGCUUCAAGAUGUGGAACUCCAAAGCGUCGAACCUGCAUUAAGAGCAGAUACGGAUGGCGACCAAUUGCGGGAGGAUGUUCCUGAAACGUUUGAUAACAGGGAGGCCUUGAUAUCUUCUGUUCCAAGCUAUGAGGAGCCAUUUAUUAAAGUCCCCAAAGUUUUGAACAAGGAGUCAGAGUAACUUCAUCCAUCUCCAGGGGGUGGCAUUGGCGUCCAGGAAAUUGCUCCUGCCUAUGAUUGAACUCGACCUAUCAUGCAUGCUUUAGCAUCUCGCAGUUGACGGCAGUAUCCCACUCCAUCUUUUAGACAUAUUAGCGGCACUGAAGUAAGCUAAGAUUUUUGAACAUGGGGCGAGAUGUGAGUCCUCAAAAGGUUAGAUUAUUGUUUGGAAUCUCAUAAUUGUUCAGCUUUAUUUGUUAGUAAUUAAUGAUGUGGAACAUGUAUGGCAGCCUUAAUUGUUGUCUUGGGAGAACUUAUCCAUCAUCACUGGUUAGAUGAUAUGUUUGAAAUGUCAUCGCUAUAGUGAACAGUGAUAUGUAGCAACUGUGGCUUAAAAGCCCGGUGCUUACAAGGUGGUAUGCCAUCUCACUUCGCAUUUCAAAGAAUCAAGAAGGCACUACUUUGGCACAUUCCUAA